AUGCCGAACGGUCCAGGGCAAACGCGGCCUCUUGUAGCUCUCUUAGAUGGUCGAGAUUGUUCAACAGAGAUGCCAAUAUUAAAAGACAUAGCUACAGUUGCGUUUUGUGAUGCACAAUCAACAGCUGAAAUACAUGAAAAGGUAUUGAAUGAAGCAACAGCUGCACUUGUUUGGCAUGCGAUUACAUUGAAGAAAGAAGAUUUAGUUAAAUUUAAAGCACUUAAAUUAAUUGUUCGAAUCGGUAGUGCAUUUGAUAAUAUCGAUAUAAAAGCAGCGGGUGAACAAGGCAUAGCUGUAUGUAAUGUACCAAGUUAUUGUGUGGAAGAAGUAGCUGAUACAACGCUUAGUAUGAUAUUAAAUUUAUAUAGACGUACGAUAUUUUUAGCAAACCAAGUUAAAGAUGGCAAGCGUAUAUCAACACCAGAACAAAUACGUGAAUCUGCCACCGGUUGUGCAAGAAUAAGAAAUGAAACAUUAGGUAUUAUUGGAUUAGGACAAGUUGGAAUGGCUGUUGCCAUACGAGCAAAAGUAUUUGGUUUCAAUGUAUUUUUUUUCGAUCCUUAUUUAUCGGAUGGUGUCGAUAAAGUAUUAGGUAUCAACAGAGUAUUUACAUUACAAGACUUACUAUUCAGAAGUGACUGCAUCACAUUACAUUGUUCGUUAAACGAACAUAAUCAUCAUAUGAUCAACGAUUUUACAAUUAAACAAAUGAGACCGGGUGCGUUCCUAAUCAAUGUGUCUCGUGGAGGUUUAAUCGACGAGACAGCACUAGCAACCGCAUUAAAAGAUGGAAGAAUACGUGGUGCUGCAUUAGAUGUAUUAGAAAAUGAACCAUAUAAUAUUCAAGCAGGUCCAUUGAAAGAUGCUAUUAAUUUGAUUGUAACCCCUCGAACAUCAUGGUAUAGUGAAGCGAGUGCACAAGAAAUUCGUGAAUGUGCCGCACAUGAAGUUCGACGUGGUAUUACAGGAAAAUUACCGAGCGCAUUACGUUAUUGUGUUAAUCGUGAUUACUUAAACGUUCCAAGAUCAGCUUAUGAUGGUUUGAAUGGCACUUCUUUAUCAUCGUUGUUUCCAUUAGGUGCUCCGUUUUUACCACCAUCCAGUCUUAUAGAACAACAAGCAGCAGUUGCAGUAGCCGCUGGUCUGAUUCCUCCACCAUCAGUUGUUGUUCCUGUUUCAAUUGGUGGAAAUGAAACGAAAAAAGAAGCAUCAGCAUCUUCUACCAAUGUAAUAACCGAUGCAAAUACGUCUGAUAGUAGCAGUAUACAUUAG